CAAAACCGGCGUUUGAAAAAUGCGUUACACGAACGAUGAUUAACCAAAAGAUUCAUUCUCUUCUUGGGUCCGACUGGACGGGCGAGAUGUGGGACAAGUUCUCGCGCCGACCGCUACAUAUAGAAAUUGCAGACCUCUCUCCACUGACAGUGUAAUUUCACGGCUGUGUUAAAAUUGAUGUGUGCUCGCCUUUAAGGACAUGUGUGCUUGUUAGUGGUCCUUCGCCAGGAUUUAAAAUGUUCGGCAAAUUUGAAACGACGAUUUUCGUUAUUCUUAGUAUCAUUCUCAGCAUUCAAAAUGGGUCAUCCGAACCUCCUCCAAGCAAACUUAAAAAAGUAUUACCAGCAUUUUAUGGAAUCAACAUAUAUCAUAGGAUCAGAGACACAAAACCGAAACCAGUCUAUGGACCUCCCCCAAAGUCUAGAAUAGUCAACCCCAAACCAUCAUAUGGGCCUCCAAAAAACACAUAUUCAUUCAACAAUCCACCUUGUGAACAUUCUCAUACUAUUAGUACCAGUCCUGAUAAUGAUUCAUAUGACGUUCCUCAUGAUUAUGAUCAUGAUUUAACGCCGCCAAAACGACCUUUCGUGCAAAGCAGUUUUGUCGCACCCCCUAGACACGUUGAUGAGUUUUAUACGGAUAACAAAAAACCUCAAAUUUAUGAAGGCGAAGAGUUUCAAAACGACGAUUACUAUAACGUACUUAAUAAACAUACUGAAACAUUCAGUGAAUUCGAUAAAAGCCCAUCAUUCAAUGACUUUGGUAACAACCCCAACUCAUUUAAUAAGUUCAGUGACCACCAUGUUCCAUUUGAAGAAGACUUUGGCAAGCAACCUGGAUUUUUGGACGAGUCAACCCCCAAAGAAGGUUACCACAACGUGGAAGUAGUGGAUAUCCCUUCAUUCGGAAAUCGACCUUUAACCCACGAUCCUUCACGAUCCACUUACGAUACACCAGGUGCCUUGAAUUCAUACGGAGAUCCAAUAAAACCACAGAAACCGAAUUUAAAUAACUUGCAUCAAUACGAAUACACCGAACACCAGGACUCCAAAACGUUUUACGUAAAGGAUAAUCCAGAUAUAAAGGGCACGUAUCCAGAUAUAUAUGAUUUUUAUAAAUUAAAAGGAAAUUCGGGAAUAUCCAAGGAUUUUGUAAAGUACAGCGUACCAAGCACUUCUAAAGGUCACAUUGAAGAUUACUUCGCUAUCAAUUUCAAUGUAGAUUAUUUAAAUGAUCCCAAGAAACGAGGAACUCAGGAAUCGCAUGCUAAAGAAAGCGAAAGCCGUCGUCAAACCGUAAAAGUCAAGAAUACUAAUGUAAAAGAUGAAAUCCGAUAUCCAAAUCACAGGUACGACGAGUAAAUUUCCUAAUGACCCAAAAUAUGAUUAGGUUCAUAAAAUGAAAUAUUACAAUAUUAUUGAUUGGUAUCAUGUGAUUUAGAAAUUUAAUUAACAUCCAUGCUGACAUGCGUGUCCUACUUUUUUUCAAAUUUGUAAGCGUUACAUCUCUUUAUUAAUUGAUUUUCGUUCGACAAAACUAUUCCUUCUAUUGCUUUAAAAGGCAAUACAAUAAGUUUACAUUGAAAGUGUAAUGUAAAGUCAUUAUUUUAUAGAAUAAUAAUUAAGCUUUCUAAUCAUGAUCGUGAAAACGAAUUUUUCAAGUUCUGGUAAUCCCGAUUUCUUCUUUCACGCAGAAUAUAUGAUAAUUUUACACAUUACGAAUUUUAACCCACUUCAAACGAUUCAUUAACAUUUUCUUCACUAACUAAACUUUCCCAUAUUAAACACCGCUCUGUUUAGAUGUAUUUUGUAAAUAUUUAUUUAUUGUUGAAUGGACAUAACUACUAUCAGAAUAUAUCUAAUAUUUAAAUAAAUUAGAAUUUACAGUUAUAUGAGUAAGAAUUUUAUGUAUCCAAAGAUUAUAUUUCAAGGUCAAAUAAGAUGUAAUAAUUUUAUUAUAUAUUUAUCUAGAUGUGUAAGUGCUAUUUGUUGUUAUUGUUUUUAAUAAAUAUUUAUUUGGA